AGCCCUGCCUUUUAGAGAUUCAUUUUUUCAUUGUUCACAUAGAUGAACUUUGUUCUAUUUUGAGUUACAAUUUCAUUUGACAAUUAACAAUGAAGAAAAACAAGAUUGCUUUUGGCAAAAUCAGUUUAGCCAUUAAUACAAACGUAGAGAAAUCUGAAAAUAGUGGCAAUACUGUGACAACUGCUUUUGGUUCAUUUGGAAAAAAGUUGCCAUCGCCUAAUAAAACUGAAACUGUUCCAUUGGAAGAGAAUGCAGCUGCUGAUGAGACAUCUGAAAAGAUGGCUGCUGCUAUGGGCUUUGCAGGAUUUGGCAAGAAAGCAAGACUGUUUGACUUAGAAGAGUUGGCUGAAAAAUCUAGAAAGGAAGCAGCUGAGCGCAACAGAGAAAAUAUUGAGAAACUUAGUAUCCAGAGUUCAGACGGUAUUGGUGAAGUCUCUGGUAAUAGUCCAAAAGAACCAAAUAAUGAAGAUGUAGCAAGUGCUGAGGAUGUCGAAGACGAGGAGCUCAUAGGUCCUCCAUUACCUCCAGAAAUGCUUUCAGAGAAAAACAGCAUCAAAAUUUCAAAUUCAUCUUCAAAAGAAAAUCAGGUAGAUAUUGCUGGCAAAGAAGUCGUUUCCGAUGCUGAUGAGGAUGAUGACGACGACGAUGGUCAUGGACUCCCUGUAUCUCACGAACUUCCCCUCACUCACGGCACCAAAGCAGUCUCGUCUGUGACCAUGGAUCCUUCUGGAUCUCGGCUGGUUUCUGGCUCUAUUGAUUAUGAAGUCAAAUAUUGGGAUUUCCAAGGCAUGGACGUUUGCCACGAGUCUUUCCGUAAGCUUUGCCCUUAUGACGGAUACCCAAUCAAUGCGGUGGACUACAGUUGCACUGGUGACAAGGUGCUCGCCGUGUCAGGGUCUAGUCAGGCUAAAGUAUACGACCGUGACGGUGCCGAGCUGUUUGAGUGUGCUAAGGGAGAUAUGUACAUCCAAGAUAUGGGUAAAACUAAAGGUCAUGUCUCAGGCAUAACUGAUGCAUGUUGGCAUCCUCGGGAUAAAGAAGAAUUCUUAACAAGUGCACGUGACGGGACGUGUAGGAUAUGGCACACCAGUAAGCCUUCGUGUCAGAAGCACGUGAUAAAACCACGAUCUGCCAUUGGCUUGAAAGCAAAGCCGACUACGUGUUGCUACAGCCAUGACGGUCUGACAGUCGCUUGCGUGUGUGAUGACGGCUCCAUUCAGAUGUGGGAUCACAGAAAAAGUUACGUUAACACAAUAGUCAAUGUUCGUGACUGUCACACGAAAGGAACCAAUACCAGUUCUAUAUGUUUCUCUUAUGAUAAUAAAUACUACGGCACUCGAGGAAUGGAUGAUACUCUAAAAUUGUGGGAUAUUAGGAAAACAAGGAGUGCUGUUUUUACCGCUACUGGUUUAUUUAAUCGUUUUGACAUGACUGAUUGCUUAUUUAGUCCUAAUGAUCAACUUCUAGUGACCGGUACUUCAAUGAACAAGGGAGAUAAGAACGGGUCCCUAUUGAUGUUCAACAGGAACACUUGGAAUUUGGAACAUUGCAUGCCAGUUGGCGAGAGUCAUAUAGUGAGUCUCUUCUGGCAUCCUCGUCUAAACCAGAUCUGUGUGGGCUGCGGCGACGGCAAGAUUCGUCUACUGUAUGACCCCAUUCGAUCUCAUAACGGUGCGGUGCUAGCGGCAGGCAAACGUCGCAAGCGUGUCAAGGAUGGAGGCAUUGUUCUGUCGCAACAAAUUAUCACCCCACACGCCCUACCAAUGUUUAGAGAGGAGCGCCACAAAUCCACGCGCAAGUUAGAGCUCAAGGAUAGGAAAGAUCCCGUAAAAUCGCGUCGUCCCGACCUCCCUCUUGGAAACGCAGGUACGGGCGGAAGAGUCACCUCGGGAGGUUCAACGCUAUCUUCGUACAUCAUACGCAAUUUGGGCUUGCAAAACAAGAAAAUCGAAGAUGAUGAAGGUGAUCCGAGAGAAGCGCUUCUCAAAUAUCAUGACUUGGCCAAGAAUGAUCCUUACUGGGUAUCACCUGCUUACGCCGCUACUCAACCUAAGCCCAUCUUUAGAGAACCAGACGAAGACGAACAGCAGAAGAAAAAGCAAAGAACGGAAUAGAACUUAAGCAUAUGCUCGCAAACGGUGAAUACGUUGCUGGGCUAGUGGAAGCUUGCAAAUGUAGGACAAAAACAUUAACACACUUACAAUUAGUUAAACAUUUAACAAACUUCGUACCUGUCAGUGUUCAUUCUUAUCAUACAUGUCAUGUUGAUGCUAAAUUCUGCGUACGUCUGUCAUUUCUUGUACACCCACAUGAAAUUGUGAAAGAAGAUAUGCUGUAUUAUUAAUGCGAUGAUUUUUUCAAGUUCAUUAUUAAAUUCGCUAAGUUA